UGGAAACACUGGUGUGAGAAACAGAGAGGACUGAGUUCUGAGUCUAAUAUCCAAUCUGAAUCCGAACAUAACAUUCAGAAGGAAGAAGAAGAAGGUGUGUUGGAGAAUGAAAACUGAAACAGAGCCAAAUGAAACCGAGUCAGAUUGGAGCGAGUUGACUCGCGAGUGCCUCAUCAACAUCCUCUCUCGACUCAGCGUCGAGGAUCGAUGGCGCGGCACCAUGCUCGUUUGCAAGUCAUGGUUCAGCGUCUUCAAGGAACCCUCUCUUCACUUCGUCUUCAACCUCGACCCUCAAUUCGACUCGCCCACCGAAUCAACUCGCUGGUGGACCCCCGAGUUCGAGGCCAAGAUCGAUAACAUGCUUCGAUCUGUCGUCGAAUGGGCCCAAUCCUCUCUCACCCAUAUACGCAUUCGCCACUGUUCUGAUCGUUCUCUCGCCCUCGUCGCCCAAAGUUGCCCAAACCUUGAGGUGUUGUUUAUCAGAAGCUGUCCUCGUGUUACCGAUGAUUCUAUCUCUAGGAUAGCUUUGAGUUGUCCGAAGCUUAGGGAAUUGGAUAUCAGCUAUUGUUAUGAGAUAACCCAUGAAUCGUUGGUGCUGAUUGGAAGAAAUUGUCCCAACCUUAAGGUUCUCAAAAGAAAUCUCAUGAAUUGGCUUGAUCCUUCCCAACACCGAGGGAUUGUUCCUGACGAUUAUCUAAAUGCUUGUCCGCAAGAUGGAGACGAUGAGGCUGCUGCAAUUGCUAAUUCCAUGCCUGGUCUAGAGCAGCUUGAGAUUAGGUUCUCCAAGUUAACAGCUAAGGGCCUCAAUUCCAUAUGUCAGGGAUGUACCAACCUUGAGUUCUUGGAUUUGUCUGGGUGUGCUAACUUGACUAGUCGAGACAUUGCAAAUGCAUCUUCUAGUUUGGUGCACUUGAAAGAAAUUAAAAAGCCUAAUUUCUAUAUCCCCAGGUCUGUCUUCCACACUGAAAGGUAUGGUCAUUGGAGUUUGUAUGAUGAGAGAUUUCAAACGGAUAUUUUCCAAAUCUGAGCAGUGAUGGGAAGAUCGAUCUAAGAUGUAAACACUGAGUUCAUCACUUAAUCUUCUUUCCGCUGCUUUUUGGAUAUCUUUGCAGGGUCUCUAUGGUUAUUUUCACAGUCAAAUAUGUAUAGUAGAAAUUUUAAUCUCUGUCUAUGUAGUUGUAUGUUGUUUUCCUUCCAUCAGUUCGAUAUAUUUGCAAUGUAUUUGUGUUGUCUCAAGUUCUCAUAAUAGAUUUACCUCGUAAUAUUCUAAUUAUUUCUUUUUCCUUUUGGAUGCUGCAUUACUUGUAUCUUUCUCCUAGCAACCUUCCAUAAAAUGUCUCAGGAAUCGAUGUUCUUAAA